ACUUUUCCUCCUAAAUUCUAUCAACUGCUCAAAUUAACUAUCAAUACUUUUUUUUUAACUAAAUUUCUUUGAUCAACUCGAAAAUUCUUGUAUUAGAAGAAAUCAAUUACAUGGUGAACCAGAUUGACGAUAAUGCCCCAUUCCUUGCCUGCUAAGUAGCCCCGCUUCGUUAAACUCAAUUGAUCAUCAAUUUCCAUUUUCCCACUUUUCCGAUUCUCUAUCACUGAUUAGUCUAUUGGGGGAAUGGAUUUUGAUAGUGUUUACAAGUCUCUGAAGGAACUCUUUCCGGAGGUUGACCAUCGGAUACUAAGGGCUGUAGCCCUUGAAAAUCCUAAGGAUGUUCAUCUAGCUGUUAAUGAUAUUCUCACCGAGGUUAUCCCUCGGUGUCAUCCAGAAUUUAAAUCACCCCUGCAAGAUCAUUGUGUGGAGUUUGCAUCUAAAAUAGAAGAAGGUACUGUUGGUGAUGAAGCAUGUAAUGGUACUUCCUACAAGAGUUGCGUGGCACAUCUAGAUGGAACAUUGAAUCAAUCUGUCUCUGUAAAUAGUUAUGUCGCUAGUGAUGAUUGUGAACGACAUGAGAAUACUGAAACUACAAGCCUCUCUGUACCAGCCAACAUACAAGAAGACCGCAGUGAAGUAGAAAUGAAUCGUGUAGCACCUGAAAAAUCAAAUGGUUUGAUUCAAGAAGAUAGUGGACAUAAUGAUCAUGAACAAAGUCCUCAAAUUACCAAAACCUGGACCCAGGUUACUGAGGAUAUCAAACAGAAUAAGACAUUGCUUGAUGGAGUCCAUCAUUCUCUUAACGUUUGUGAUUUGGACUCCUUACUUGUGCAGGAAUUACUCCAUGAUGAUCGACCCAUCCCUGUGGAUGAGAAUUCUGAUAGUCAGACUGCCAAUCCAUCUUUUGAAAAUCAUUCAGAAUCUGACUACAAGAAAUCAAAUGCAAAUGGCACUUCAAAUCCUGAGCCCAAGCAAGAGAGUUCUACCGGUGAAAUGACUACCAUUGAAGAUAGGUUGAUGGGGCCUUCCAUACUCACUCGGUCAGGCCAACCAUGUAGUAUUGAUCAUCUUGACGAGAUCAUUGAGAAUGCUAAAAGCAACAAGAUAACAUUAUUCUCAGCAAUGCAAUCAGUUACCAAUAAGAUGAAGGAAUUGGAAGAUAUGGAGAAGUAUUUUGAAAAAGUCAAAGAAGACACUGCCAAUUCAGAGUCAGAAAUUCUGGCCAAAGUAGAGGAAAUGAAACAGACAGUAGCACGUACUAAGGAAGCAAAUGAUAUGCAUGCUGGAGAAGUUUAUGGAGAGAAGGCGAUUUUAGCGACGGAAACAAGAGAACUCCAAUCUCGUCUCCUCAGCUUGUCGGAUGAAAGAGACAGUUCUCUAUCAAUUCUUGAUGAGAUGCAUACCACUCUUAAAUCUAGAAUGGCUUCAUUAGAAGCUACGCUGAAAGCAUUAGAGGAAGAGAAGUUGGCUAAGGAAGAACAUGCACGAAAGGCUCUUGCUGAGCAGGAGGCCCUCAUGGAGAAGGUAGUCCAGGAAUCAAAGAUACUACAACAUGAAGCAAAUGAGAAUGCCAAGUUGCGGGAGUUCCUAAUCGAACGUGGGCAAUUAGUUGACGUGUUGCAGGGAGAAAUUUCUGUUAUUUGUCAAGACGUGAGGCAUCUGAAAGAGAAGUUUGACUUGGAAGUGCCACUAAGCAAAUCUCUUUCCUCUAGUCAAACAAGCUUCAUUCUAGCUUCAUCAGGUUCAUCUCUAAAAACCGCAACUAGCGAUUUGACUCAUUUUUCCUCCAUACUAAUGGACACAGUAGCUCAUCUGGAUGCCGAGAAAGGCACAUCAUUAAAUCUUGGAAAGGAAGGAAACCAAGCAUCCUCGGUCAGUAGCUCUAGCUUGUCGUCAAACAAUCUUAAAGAAGAAGGAUCAGAAAGAAACCAUUUCAAAUCAUCAUUUUCAGAUGACGGGUGGGAUGUAUUUGACAAAGAUGCUGAGUUCUCUGAGGCUUCAUAUUUUGUGGAUGCAAAAGAAAGCUUGAAGGAGUUUUGAGGAGAGCCCAGAAUUGAAGAUUUAUUAGGUUGGCCCUAUACUUUCUGCUUCAGUUUUAUGUAGAUUUGGGUAGUUAGGGCCAAAUCAACUUCAAUCUCUUGUACAUAUAGAUGGAUUUGGAACUUUCUGAAUGGGUUCAGAUAUUUCUCAUGUUGGUUUUGGUUCAGUAUGCAAUACAAUGGAUUGGAUAUUAGAUGUUCUUUUGUGAUCAUAAAUGUAACACUUUGGAUUGUUCUGUCCUGACAUUUUGUUCAAUUUCAGCUACCUUAUUGAGUUGGGACUGA